AAGCACCACAGCACUAAGCAUUUUAUGUGCACAAGUGUUUUUGUCUUACCUCUUUCGAACAUGGAACAUGCCCGAAUGAUGUCAUUGCGGAGCAGCAAUGUACACAGCAGAAUUAGAGAGCGAACAGUUUGAUAGGCAGCACGAUGAAUGAGGGUUUCGCUACUGACGCUUUCCCAGUGGACUGUCGGGUCUUCUCCAGGUUUUAAGUGAAGAAGUACACUACUUCUUUCAGUUCUACUUACUGGAUGUUGCUAUGACGACAGGAAUCAGAGAUGACUGAUGUCGUCAUAGAUUUUGAAGCAACAGGAAGGACUGGCCGCAGGAACGCUUUGCCUGACAUUCUGGGAUCCCCGGCAGGAGUGGGAACAUCUGAGCUGCCCCAUAAACUAGCUGAGCUCUCAAUGAGUGAUGAGGGAGCACAAGGCGGAGAGACUUCAUCCUCAGCUGAAGCGGACCCAAAUCCUUCAGAAACUGAGGAGAAGAGCAAGGGAACAUAACGGCCCAGUGUAAAAUGUGCAUGACUGACAGGCUGAUCAUCUGAAAAUGAUGUUACCUGAGAACUAUGAAGAUACGCACAGUGCUAUGCAACAUCAGGACACACCAGUGAUGCAAAAGUGGCUUGGGAUUUCUUGAUCGCUUAGACUGGGGAAAAGGGGAGAUUUUUUUAAAGCUGUUGGAAACACUAAGAUGUUGGUAGUUUUAUUGUCUGUUUGAAAAAGCAUUCCAUCCAUACUGUACUUUGUAAUAGCAUAUUAGAGUGCUGUGCUGCUCAGACACCUGGAGCUCAAGUAAUACUGUGUCUUUUGUAUAACUCAAAAUAGGACUUCUUGUUGUUUUCAUAUGUUGCAGAUGUGUACUUUUUAAACAGAAUGUCAACAUGCAGCUGGAGGAAUGUAUUUUUGCACCACACAAUUUGGUGAUGUACGUCUGUAUUGAAUAGUCAGAUUUAUAUAAUGUUUGCUAAUCUUUUAGCUGUGAAUUAUUAGGUGCUGUAAAACCUCUGCCUGGCAUGUUUUAUACAGUAAAAAGAAAUGCUUUAAUUAAUGAUACUUCCAUUUAAAAAAAAGGGGGGCAGGGGGGUAAUUUAAAAAAAUCUUUAGGUAAUGUUACCCAUGUAAAAUUAAUAAAUAAAUAACAAUGGCAUCAUUUUGUCAGUCCUCUCGCCACUAGCUCAACUGCUGCUGUAUUUAUUGUAUCACAUACUACAUACUUAAACGUGUGCUUUUCUAAUAGUUCCAGUU